AUGCUGUUUUGGAUCCAUGCAGCGGCCACAUUGCUUGCUGCCAUCGUUCUUCAAAGGGGUUUAGGCUCCGCAGGAGCAUCCCCCUUCAUGCAGCAACUUGGGCCGGCACCUGCGAAUCCUCGCGAUGACAGUUGCGAGAGGCUGAAUCGGCUGGAAGAGGCCGCGCUAGCCAAGACAACUGGCUCUGAAUUUGAAGAAUACCGGAAAGCACUGGCAGCCUGGCGCAAGGCUCACCCUUGUUACCAGCCUAGCUGUCGCACAGAUGCUUUGGGAAAGCAGCUUUGCAAAGACGGUGCGAAGCUUUCUGCCUUGCUGGGCCCAGCCACUGGAGACGAAUGGGAUGCCUGGAUGCGAGAGCUGGCUGUGCACGAAGCAACUCCCGAUGACUGUGCCAACUUCGCAGCUCGCCAGGUUAUGGAGAUGUGGCCUCCGCAUGUGUGGCACUGGCCUCAACAGACAAGUGAGGUCAUUCUGGAUGAACUACUGGGCGACGCUGACUAUGCUUCAUACGCUGAUGCAGCGCAUUUGGCACCCCCUUUCGGCGCUCCACAGGUCAAGUUCCGGCAUCGUCCUCAAGGGCGCUUUCAAAUGCACCGAGUGGAGCAACUGAACCAUUGGAGGGUGCUUCGAAAGGCUGUGCCUGGGCUCGAGUUGUCCCAACUGGAACAGGUAGUCGAGUUUGGAGGAGGCACUGGCAAUCUUCCUGCGACGUUUUCUGACCUUGGUUACACCGGGGUCCACUUCGUUUAUGAUUUUCCGACUAUGAUUCUAAUGCAGAGAUACUGGCUUCAUUAUUCUGGCGUGCCAGCAGUCCUUGGCGUGGAUCUGCCACAAGGAACCGUGCGAUCCACUGGAAACAUGAGGAUUGUGUUAGAGAAUUCAUUGAGUGAUGAGCUUGUGAGCCAUUUAGACACAAGCAAGCUUCAGGAUUCCCUAUUUGUGGCCACCUACUCCUUCACGGAGGCCGACUUUGAAUCACGUGCCAAGAUAUGGCGCAUCGUAAAGAAGUUCGGUGUGAUUCAGUUGGCCUUCUGGGCACAGUUCUACGGCAAGGACAACAUGAAACAUAUCGAAGAGCUUGUGGAGACCGACUUGAAGCCAUCUCACUGGGUGGCCUGGUGGACGAUGCCACCCGGCUGGCAUGCUACCCCUGGCAUUGCCUACUACCUUGUAGCCGUGCGCAAGGACCGAGGCAAUGUGCGUCGCUUGCGUUGCGUGGAGGAGCUCGGUUGCACCAGCUCAACAGCCCACACUCUGCUCUUGACGGAGACAUGA